AUGAGCUACUGCCGUCGCAACCGUCGCACCCGUCGCAAACUGUACCCUCCCUCGUUUCCCGUUCCUUCCGCCUCCCUCCACCACCUUUCCCCCACUUCUCCUCCCCCCCCCCUCCCCCCCCCUUCGCUCCCAUCUCUCCCCUCCCUCUCCUCCCCUCUCCUCCCCCUGUUUCCCCCCCUCCUCCUUCCCCCUUCUCCCCCCACUUCGCCUACAGCGGCCGCGAUGGAAGCGAUAGCUGCCACGUGGCCAACCGCCACGGCCUCGUGGGUGUCCGGGGAGUUGUGUGACACGUGGCUGGGAGUGGUGUGCGACGGCGACGGCUACGUGACGCAGCUAGUAGUCUUUCAAGCGUGGCAUGACUCCCCCUCCCCUUUCCAUUCUUCCCCCCUCUUCCCCAUCCCCUCCAACCCCCCGUUCUCCCCUCAGUGA